AUUGCGUCAAUUUGGGUUUCAACCACGUCUUCAGUCUCGGAGCAGAGCUACUCAGAAGAACCAAAACAGGAAGGGGGUUGGAAAUCAGUGCAAAGGGGAGGAUCGAAGCUCCCCCUCCCCCCACUCCUUCAGCCCGAUCACAGCCUCCUUCUUCACCUUCCCCACUGCUUGUGUCUCCGAGUAUAAGGUUGUUAUUUUUUCUUUUUUUUUUUUUCUUUUCUCUUUUUGUUUGUUUGUAUGUUUGUUUGUUAUACCACCGUGGAAGAAGCCUGCUGUCCUAGUGCUGCGAGAGAGCGACAAGUCGAGAAACAGCGGAGCAUCACAUUCGGCGCUCCUGGCAGGGGUCGCUCAGGAAGAGGGCGACUCCGCUAGCGCGAACAGCCGCGUCAGAUAGAGGCUCCGGGACCACGGACAGCGGUUCCAGCACCGCGGACAGAGAGCACCACCAACAUGGCUCCGAUCGCGUCCAGCCACCAGCAGUUCGAUGAAAUUCCUACAGUUGUUGGGAUCUUUAGUGCAUUUGGCCUUGUCUUCUCUGUCUCCCUUUUUGCUUGGAUCUGCUGUCAGCGCAAAUCAUCCAAAUCCAAUAAGACUCCUCCAUAUAAGUUUGUUCAUGUUCUGAAGGGAGUUGAUAUUUAUCCUGAGAAUCUCAACAGUAAGAAGAAGUUUGGAGUAGAUGAUAAAAGUGAAGCAAAGAGCAAAUCAGCAAUGCCAAAGAAUUCUCUUCAUCUUGACCUGGAGAACAGAGAUCUAAAUGGCAACUUUCCGAAAACAAUCUCUAAAAUGCAGAGUUCUCCAGGCCCUGAAAAUUCAUCUUCAAAGCAUUUUUCAGAAAAGAAGAAAGAUUUAGUUUCCCCUGAUAGUUUAAAAUCCACCAUGUCCCUGUCAUCUGAAGAAAAACAAGACAAGCUAGGAACUCUCUUUCUCUCUUUAGAAUACAACUUUGAGAAAAAGGCAUUUGUAGUGAGCAUCAAGGAAGCACGUGGGCUGCCAGCAAUGGAUGAACAGUCAAUGACUUCUGAUCCCUACAUCAAAAUGACAAUCCUUCCUGAGAAAAAGCACAAGGUGAAAACCAGAGUGCUGAGGAAAACCUUAGAUCCUGCUUUUGAUGAGACCUUCACGUUUUAUGGGAUCCCCUAUAGCCAAAUUCAAGACUUAACACUCCAUUUUAUGAUCUUGAGCUUCGACAGAUUUUCCAGAGAUGACGUCAUUGGAGAAGUCCUCAUUCCCCUUGCAGGAACUGAAUUGUCAGAAGGAAGGAUGCUAAUGGACAGAGAGAUCAUCAAAAGAAAUGUUAGGAAGUCAUCUGGACGUGGAGAACUGCUGAUCUCUCUCUGUUAUCAAUCUACAACAAAUACACUAACUGUGGUUGUUUUAAAAGCCAGACAUCUACCUAAAUCUGAUGUUUCAGGAUUAUCAGAUCCUUAUGUCAAAGUGAAUCUGUACCAUGUUAAGAAGAGAAUUUCUAAAAAGAAAACCCAUGUCAAGAAGUGUACCCCUAAUGCCGUGUUCAAUGAAUUGUUUGUCUUUGACAUUCCUUGUGAGAGCCUUGAUGAUAUCAGCAUUGAAUUCUUGGUUUUAGAUUCAGAUAGAGGGUCAAGGAAUGAGGUCAUUGGUAGGUUAACCUUAGGAUCUUCAGCAGAAGGAACAGGUGGAGAACACUGGAAAGAAAUCUGUGAGUAUCCUAGGAGACAAAUUGCCAAAUGGCAUAUGUUGUGUGAUGGUUAGCAGCUCAGAGCAGAGUUAGAACUUGAAAAAAAACCUAUAUAUAUUUCCAUAGGCAAGUAGCAGUUUUCUUUCUUUGCUAUCCGUAAUUGCAGGCUUGUAACUACGAGAGUUUUUUGGGGAAGGUGGGGAAAUAAAAAACUGGAUUGAAUUAUCAAAAUAGAAGGUAACUAAAUUUUCAGAGUAAAUAAAGUAAUUUAUAUUUCAUUAGACUUUAACUUAAUUAGAUUAGAUUAGUAUUUUUCUGUAGUUUACAUAGCCUAAAGUGUCUGAAGCAGUAUAAUCUUCAACAAGAACAAACUAAGUCUUAGGAAGAAGUAACUAGAAACCUUAUUAGUACUGUUAUCCAGAAGAAGAUAACCUCAUUAAAGUAUACUGCUAGAUCAAAGAAAAAAAACUGCAGCUUAAUCUAUGAUUCUACGAUUAUUCUGGGAAGGCGCUGAGUCUAUAAACACAAUGGGGAUUGACAGUGAAUAAGAGGGACAUUAUUUUUGUCCCUCUGUCAUAAACCUUCUUUUAUGAAAAUUCAAUCAUUAUUUGUAUGUUUUGGUUAUUUAUACUUUGAUCAUUCCAAAGACUGAAGAAAUUUUCAGUGACUUGCUUUAAAUACUACAUCAAGUGCAACUAGUUGUUUAACGUAUGGAAAUACUGUUUAAUUAUCUACACUUGGAUUUUUUAAUAUGUGUAUAUAUAUUCUGUUUUAUUACAGUGACUAAAAUAGACACAUUCUAUAAAUCAUCAAGUAAGUUAAUGUAUAUUGUCUUGUCUAAAGGGCUCCUUUACGAGUGACUAUAUAUGUUAGGAAUUGGGAUUAGGCAUGGGUUACGUUUUUUCCUCUAAGAAGUAUUAAACUUUUAGUAUUUCAUGCCAAGUGAAAGCACUUACCCUCAGACAAAGAAGCAUACACGAUACUACUGUCACUGAUCUUUCACUAAUUAUAGUUACAUUUAAUGUAUUUCAAUAUCAUUUAAUGAAACACUAUUUCUCCUUUUGAUUUUUUCAUUAAACGAAAAAGAGAAAGAAAAUCAUGAGACAGAGUAUAAAAUCUCAUUCAUUUGUUUAAAUUCCUGAACUUAUGUCACUACAGACCGAAAGACUGCUCCGAACAAACAAAGAUUAAUGCAUUCUUAGACAUUUCCAGUACAGGAAAUCAAGUUAAUGCUAUGACUUAUACAGUAUUUUGUUAGACAAAAGACUGGAAAAGUGCAUUUCACUUAGAUGACAUGCAUUAAUGUCUACUACUGAUUCCACUGAAAAUUGGUGAUAAAGGUGUCAUGGCUUCAUGUUUGCAUGACACGUGUGUGCUUAAACUUAAUUUGUGCCAGUUUCUGGGAGUAUAAAGUAUAAAAAAGAUAGGUAUAUGUAUAAAGAAUCUAGGCUCAUGAAAUUCACUCUUGGUCAUACCUAAUAUAUAUUUAGGCUGUCAGAACUGUUGCACAAAUAUAGGCAGUUAUUUCCUAACGUUUGUACACUGAUCUCUGAUAUUGAAGUUCGAAAACAUUGCUCAGAUGUCAUUUUUUAUUACACUAAAGUAAACAGGAAUAUGAUGAUGUUACCUUAUAACCACUGACACCUCAUUUCAAAAGUGGAAAACAGCUUUCAGUAUUUUAGCAUACAUCAUUUUCUCACUUGUAUUCCCACUGAAAUGAAUGAGGCUAUUUGGGAAUUAAUGUACCACACAAUAUAUGGAAAAGUAACAAGAGGAUGGAAUUUAAACAAACAAACAAAAAAUGAAUAAAAACAACCAAAUAACAACAGCAACAACAAUAACAAAUCAUGUUCAAUGUUACAUUAAUCUCAUUAUACAGAAGAUUCAGAUCUUAUGAACAACUUUUGCCUAUUUCUUAUUGACUUUUCCCUGUUCUCACAUGGCCAAAUUAUGUUUGCAGUAAAGGACACUGAAAUAUGAAAUAUGCAAGUAGAAAAAUUACACUGAAAGGAUUCUAUUGAGGCUCUUUCAGAUUUUGUGUGAGUAAUUUCUUCAGUUUUUGAGAAUGUGUUUAAUAUAACAGUGUUUAUAAAGUUCUGUAAAAAUUCAUUUUCAAAAUGACAUAAACAUGCUUUUUAAGAUGAUGCUCAAUGUACAAAAAGAAAGUGUAUUGUAUGUAUAAAGGAGAAAAAUCUUUUUUUUUUUUCUUUUUUCUUUUUUCUUUUAUAAGCUGAUUAACUUCUCAAGGGCUAGAUUUGCCAAUCUUGUUGAACAAAGUGUAAUUCAAAGCCACGCAGUUGAAGCAGUGAUGCCCACAAACUUCAGUGAGGUUUGAAAUGCAAUCACAAAGUGAAACUCUUCCUAUGAAUCAAAUUGGUACAAUGAGGCUAUGGACAGAGAGAGGUUUAAUAGUGGCUGGAAGAAUUUUAGACAGCAUUAUAUGACUAGAGUUGUUAAUACUUCUGGUAAGGACAGUACUUUAUACUAAAAGUGAUUGCAUCAGAGGGGUAAGACAGCCGGCAAUUCAGUUGGUAAGUGAAAUAAACAAAUAAAACGUAGGUCUUGUACACUGGCCCAUUAGUAACACUAUAUCUUGGAAAAUCAGAUGACAGGAAUCUCCAACAGACACAGAUUCUGACAAGGAGAAAAAACCUGAACUUUUAAAGUUUAUGAUGGCCUACUAGCACUAUUUAUUUUCCAUCUAACAAGUUGUUUUCAAAAUUGUUUUAAACUUUUUAGAGAAACCUGAGGGUUAACAUUUCUACUGGCUAAAUGGCAUUUGUUGGUAGGGCAAGGGGUAGGAACGGGAAAGGGAAGCAAAAAAUAUAUAUAUACUACAUUGAAAGCAAUGGGAAGUAAACUUUUUUUCAUUUAAUGUAAUGUUUAGCUUGGAAAGUUGAGUAAGGAAGACUUGUUAAGAGUAAAGAAGACUUGUUAAGACAAGACAGGAGCAAAUGAAGACCUGUCCCAAGAUAAGAAAUUCUGCUGUUUUAUAUUGCAUUCAAUUCGUAUUGUGAAUAUCUUGAACUCUGUCAAGGAUACUGUACUGUAUUAAACAUGUAAAAAAAAAAAAAGAUGUUUGUCUAAGUAGUUUACAAAAAUAACAACUCCUUAAAUGGAGACUGGGGAUCUGUAGUAACUAAAUACCUUACUUGUUAUGGUGUUGUAACUUAAUAGAAGCUGUUCGAGAGGAAGCAUGGUGUAUGAGAUUUUGUAAGUUAUUUGUGCUGGUUCUGUAUGUUGUGCCAUGUGUGUAAGACAAGAAUAAAGUGCUGCUUUUGUUCAUCCCAUCCCAGAACAAUUAUCCCAUCAAUGUAUCUUUCCCAGAGACUUAUUUGUUUUCACAGCCUACUCCUCUAUGCUUCUGUCUAAAAGAUUUGGGCAUAAAGAGGAUGA